AUGGCACCAAGAAUGAAAAGAAGGAAAGGAAAAGCUCUGUUCAAUUCAAGUAAAUUUGUUAGUUUGAGAGCUUAUGAUAGGUACAGUGAUGCUUUUCGUACAAGGAAACUGAUUCCUGAGCUACGUUUCAAAAAUCUGGGAGGAGUUGUUGAAGAGUUGAUUGUUAGCCGUCGAUAUCAUCUGAGUGAAGUGACCCAAGAGAGAGAAACCUUGAGCUACUGCAUUCAGCAGUCCAAGCUGAUAGAUAUUGGAGGAUUGAUUUAUGGAGUUAUUACCAGUUCUUCCAUUGCUGCUACUACCGCAGGUUUCUGCUACUACGCUGCUACUACCGCAGGUUUGGGAUUUAUUUCCUUCUUCCCCACCUCACCAUAUGCUUCUCCAAAUGCCAAACGUACCACCUCUGUAAAGCCCCCAACUCCACCUGCCUUUCUCCCAAAAUAUGACUUGUCUUCUCCCUCUCCUCCCCUUCAUCCUCCUCCUGUCGACCGCCGCCGCCGCCGCCGACGCGUCCCUCGCUCCGUCUGCGGCAGAACGAAUACCCCAGACCCCGAGGGCUUUGAUGUUCACUUCGUCGAUGCCAUGGAGAAAGUCUUCCAAAACAUAACCAUAUCCGGUUUCGCUACCUCCGUGUCUGGCAACGGCUCCAAUCUCACCGUCUAUGGUCUUGGCCAGUGCUUCUCAUACCUCCCUCACCUCAGCUGCCAGCUCUGCUACGCCCAAAGCAGAGUCAAGCUUCCCCACUGCCUUCCCGCCGUCACCGGCCGCAUCUACCUCGACGGUUGCUUCCUUGAAUACGCCAACCGCAACGUCUCCCUCGAUUCCGUUGAUUCCUCCGAUACCUUCGAUUGCGGGAACGCAACUUUCCCCAAAGGAUCCUCUCCGAUGACCUCAACCUCUCAGUUGGUCCGAAAUCUGACGGAGGCGGCUUAUCAGAAGAAGAACUAUUACGAGGUUGGGAGCGUCGCGGUCUCCUCGGAGCUGACGGUGUACGCUAUGGCACAGUGUUGGCUGUCGCUGAAUUCAAGUGGAUGUAAGGCUUGUCUGGAGAAAGGGAGGGAUAAUCUGGUCGGCCGUUGUUUGCCUGCCUCCUCUUCGGAUGCGAAGGCGAUGAAUGCAGGAUGCUUCAUGAGGUAUUCGACCUCUCCUUUUUAUUUGACGGUGGAUGGGAGCGGCAGCGGAAGCUCUUCUCACGUUUGGAUUUGGUUGAUUGUAGCUCUAACUAUUGCGGUUGUUGUCUUGGCUAUGAUUGGGGCUGCUGUUUUCUGGAGAUGGAAGAGAUCUUCUAAUGUUGAAGAUGAUGGUGCCAGCGAGGCCAUCAGGGCCAUCUCAAAAUCUCAACUAAGUUUCAGAUAUGAGGAUUUGUGUCGGGCAACAGACAAUUUCAGUCAGAAUAACAAGCUUGGGCAAGGGGGUUAUGGCUCGGUUUAUAAGGGGACUCUGCCGGAUGGGAGAGAAGUUGCUGUUAAGAGACUUUUCUUCAAUACUCGGCAAUGGGUUGAUCAGUUCUUCAAUGAAGUCACACUAAUCAACCAAGUACAGCACAAAAACCUUGUAAAGCUUCUUGGUUGCAGCAUCGAAGGACCUGAAAGUCUUCUUGUGUACGAAUACCUCUGCAACACCAGCCUUGAUCACUUCUUAUUUGAUCCAUCAAAGAAGCAUGUUUUGGAUUGGGAAAGACGACUAGAUAUCAUCCUUGGCACUGCAGAAGGGCUGGCUUAUCUCCAUACUGCUUCGGUUGUAAGAAUCAUUCAUAGGGAUAUAAAAGCCAGCAACAUACUGUUGGAUAACAGGUUCAGGGCCAAAAUUUCUGAUUUUGGCUUAGCACGUUAUUUUGCAGAGGAUCAGAGCCAUCUCAGCACUGGUCUAGCAGGAACUUUUGGCUACAUGGCACCUGAAUACAUAGUUCAUGGCCAGCUAACUGAGAAGGCGGACAUCUAUAGCUAUGGAAUCGUUGUUCUUGAACUUGUUACUGGCCGAAAGAACCAGAACUCAAUAACAACAUCAACAGAAGGUCAUUCACUCAUGCAGCUGAUAUGGCAGCAUUACAACUCUGAUACAUUGAUAAAAUUGUUGGAUCCUGAUCUUCAAGGAAAGUGCACAGAGGACGAAGCCCUCAAUCUAUUUCAUGUCGGGCUUCUCUGUGUCCAGGCAUCUCCGGCAUUGCGGCCGCCAAUGUGGAAGGUGGUCGAGAUGCUAACAAGCAGAUCGAAGGAACUUCCGGUACCCAGCCAACCUCCAUUCAUCAACAUUAAAGGGACAGAUAGUAGAAGCAGAAGCGAAAGCUCGGAGACUUCUUACCUGCUUUCCUCCUCAGCCAAGUCCCUCGAUUCUGGACAGACAUCAGUGAAUCAGGUAUCCGUUAGUAUUUUUCAGGGUAGGUGAUAAAAUUUUGCUCAUAUUUUCCUUUGCAUCUUGGUUGAGGAUUUUUUUUUAUUUUUGAGCUUGUUUCUUUUUUUCAUUG